UCUCUAGAAAUGACCAUCUUUAACUUCCUGUUGUUCGGGCUCUUCUCCGUUGUCAUGGCUAUGCCGGAGUCCCCCCUCCAGGCUCCGCCCACACCUCCUGGCCCGCCCAUGCACGGUCCCGGGCGUAUGUUUUUCCCUGAAGGAGAGAACAUGACGGGUCCUGGAGACCUGGACCUGGAAGAGUACUGUCAGGUCCUGCUACAGGUCCCGGUCCCCCCAGACCAGCUCCCCUGGUACUGUCAGUGCACGCAGUGCAGGAGCCAGCCGGGGCCUAAAGGAGAGCCCGGAGAGCGCGGCGUGCCAGGACGUCCAGGAAGUCCUGGGAGGAGAGGGAUGACGGGGUUCAGAGGUCCUCCAGGUUUCGUAGGCAGAGCAGGGAUCAAAGGACAGAAAGGAGAGGAAGGCGAGAAGGGCGAGCAAGGAACGCAGGGAUUCACCGGCGCCAAAGGAGGCCGAGGGUUCAAAGGUGACAAAGGUGAACCAGGUCUGGAGGGCCGCUCAGGGGUACAGGGUCCAAAAGGAGACGAUGGGGUCUGUCCAGAGUCCUGUGACUCCAGCCAUGUCCCUCCAGGACCAUCUGGUCUACCUGGCCCUUCAGGACCCAGAGGACUGCCUGGCCGUCCUGGACUGACAGGGUCUGAGGGUCCAAAAGGGGACAUGGGUGAGGUUGGGGUCCCAGGAGUCCCUGGAUCUGUGGGUGGGAAAGGAGAGCCAGGAUCCCCUGGGGACUGCAAUUGUACCGAUGGUGGAGAUGGGGCUCCAGGGCCCAAGGGGGGCAAAGGGGACAUGGGGAACCAGGGUCAGGUGGGGGUAUCAGGUCCUCAGGGUCCACAGGGGGACAUGGGGCCCAUGGGGAUGAUGGGUCCUCCUGGUCCCUGCAUGUCCCCAAUCCAGUCAGCCUUCUCUGCAGGACUUGAGACCAGCUACCCCCCACCCAAUGCCCCUGUGGUGUUUUCAAAAGUCCUCUACAACCUACAGGGGGGGUACGACCCAGUGUCCGGACUCUACACCGCCCCCAUUAAUGGAACCUAUAUGUUCAGCUUCCAUCUGACGGUCCAUGAGCGAGUUCUUAAAGUGGGUCUGUUCCAUAACUUCAGACCAAUUGUAAUAACGACUGACCCCAAAGUCCUCGGGACCACGUCACACUCCGUGGUCCUGCACCUGGCCCGAGGGGACCAGGUCUGGGUCCAGGUGAAGAACUCUGUCACUAACGGGAUGUACGCGGGCGCCGAGUCGAGCAGCACCUUCUCUGGAUUCCUGCUCCACCCAGAGUCAUGUGACCUGGCCUCACUGAGGAGCCCCGUCCCCUUUGGGAGCCCCCCUGAGGGGGAGUACAGCUGGGUCAGCAUGACGGGGUCCAUGACUGAAGGAGGAUCCAAAUAGCUUCAGUGAACAUGCUGGUGGGAGGAGUCACAUCAGGACCACCGGAGAGCGCUGCAGGGGACUUCCGUACGAUUUAUUGUCCCCUUGUGCUGCCAAACAUCCAGCAAGGCCCCGCCCCUUUAGUACUAUGAACCACCAAUAAGACAUCUUUUGGUAUGUGUUUUAUUUUGGAGAGUCAGCUUCCUGUUUCCUGUCAGUGUGAAUACAGAAUCGUGCUGUUUUAAACUCUGCAUGAAGACAUACUGAAAGUCUGCUUUACAUUUCUCUGUUAAUGAAUCAACAGCUGCUAAAGUUUAAACAGAUUACAGAACAGAAGAAGAAAGUAUUCUCCUGUGUUUUUUCCAUUUACUCAAAAUGAAUGUUGAGCCUGAGCAGCUCCUGUAGUCUGGGCUCAUCUCAGAGGUUAGCUUGAGCUGUAGAAAGAAUCCAGGUCUGACUCCACCCAGUCCCGCCCUGCUGGGCUGUGAUUGGCUGAAGAUAUCUGUCAGCUAAAUAUGACUGAUCCUUUUUACCUGGACAGGAAACAGGUAACUGUUCAACCUGUUUGUUUGGUCGUAUCUUAAUGAUGUUUCUGUGAUCCCUGAACCUGUGUGACGAUGAUGAGUAGAUUAAAUAAUAAAAACAC